GCAUUGCUAGGCUCGGCAAGUUCGGCAAGUCAAAGAAUGCUCUGUUUUGCUGGCGAAUAACGUUCAGUUAUUUGCCUUUAGAACAUUUUGUAGGAGGAAUUGAAAUAUUACCAGAAGAACUUGAAGGUUUUUUCGAUGAGUACCAUUUCGCAUGGUUAUUGUUUACCAUACUAGCAGCUGCUACUCACAGCACAACACAAUUGAGGGUUAGCAGUAGACUAUUAUCUUCCUUCAUUUCUAAAGAGUUUAGAAGCUAGUCUCAGUAUUUACACAUUUGCCAGCAGUAUUGUAUUUUGUUUAAGUGUACUAUUUCGCCACGUCGAUGUCAGGGACAACAUUGUCAGUGUACCCAAAUGAUGGGGGGAAGCUGAACAAAAGUCCUGAUGAUGCAGAAUCCGCACGUGAAGCCGAAUCUCCACUCCAAGGUCUAAAGUUGGCAUCGCACGAAGUGCUCGAAAAAGCACAAACGCAAGGAAGGAUAAAGUGUACCAAAUGUGGUGGUUCAAGGAUGUUCUUUUGCUACACGUGUUUCUCAGUAGUGGGUGUCGACGAGGCGGAAAUCCCACAGAUCAAGCUGCCGAUAAAAAUCGACGUAAUCAAACACCCCCAUGAAACGGAUGGAAAGAGCACUGCCGUGCACGCCAAACUCAUCGCUCCAGAUGACGUCAAUAUCUACACCUACCCUUGUAUACCUGAGCUGGAUGGUGACCCCUACAAGACAGUACUGGUCUUCCCUGGAGCCGAUUCAGUGACUAUUGAAGAUAUGCUGCAGCACCUAAAUGAUAUACGGAAAAAUUCAAGCGACGAGCCGUCAGUGAAGAGACUAAAGGUGAGGAGUGGGACAGAGGAGGAGGAGGCAGACCAGACCAGGCAGGAGCAGCAGCAGCAGGAGGAGGAAGAGCAGGAGGAGGAGCAGGAGCAGCCCUGUCCUCUGGAGAGGGUCCUCUUCAUCGAUAGCACAUGGAACCAGACAACCAGAAUCAUCACUGAUGAACGACUACAAGCGCUUCUUCGGGUGGAGUUGAAGACCAGGAAGACGUGUUUCUGGCGUCAUCAGAGGGGCUCUCCAGACACGUACCUGGCUACCAUAGAAGCCAUUUAUUACUUCCUGAAAGAUUAUCACACGCUAUGUCUUUUAAAGGACUACAGCGGUGAAUACGACAACCUGCUCUUUUUUUACUCUUAUCUUUAUAAACUUAUUAACAAAGCCAAAGUAUCUGCUGGGAAAAUAUAAUCGAUCAGCAGCUGGAGAUUACAGGUGAACACUGUCAGAAUUUCAACUAUCAAGAGGCUCCAGGGCCCAGACAAACAUACAAGAUUCAAAGGGACACCUUAUCCUGAACCCAAACCAACGGUUCAUUCCAGUAUCUUAACUCCUGUCCUCCCUUGUGCGUGCUUGAGGCUUCAUGAUGACGUCACGUCAUUGACGACAAAAGUUUAAUUCAAUAUCUGGCAAAAAGUGCAAUUCAAAGGUAAUUUUCUCGUUUGCAGUUGGGAUGUGGAAAGUUGUUGUGGCUAGGCUGACAGCGGGGAAACUUAAUUGUUAUCUCAUCUGAGGCAGGGACAUCAGCGAAGUGCGAGGCAACAAGCAUGGGUCAAGAACAGGAGUUAGGAUAAUUGAGUCUACGCAUCAUCUGAUGUACUGUGCAUAGCCUACUGUACAGAAAGACAUGUCACAAACACAAACGUCACAAUGGCUGUCAUAGUGAAAUACUUUUAUUUACAAAUCAGAAAAUGCAUGCACUUCAUUAAACUGUUCAUGGCUGUUCAAUUUUGA